AUGUGUUGCAACUACUUUGGAAACUCCUAUGGCAGCUACGGCUGUGGCUAUGGCUCCCGCUAUGGCUGUGGCUAUGGCUCAGGCUAUGGCUGCGGCUAUGGCUCCGGAUAUGGCUGUGGCUAUGGCUCCCGCUAUGGCUGUGGCUAUGGCUCAGGCUAUGGCUGUGGCUAUGGUUCUAGAUAUGGCUGUGGCUAUGGCUCCCGCUAUGGCUGUGGCUAUGGUUCUGGAUAUGGCUGUGGCUAUGGCUCCGGAUAUGGCUGUGGCUAUGGCUCCGGAUAUGGCUGUGGCUAUGGCUCCGGAUAUGGCUGUGGCUAUGGUUCUGGAUAUGGCUGUGGCUAUGGCUGUGGCUAUGGUUCCGGAUAUGGCUGUGGCUAUGGCUCUGGAUAUGGCUGUGGUUACGGUUCUGGAUAUGGCUCUUCCUGCUGUAGCUACAGGCCAAUUUUCUACAGAAGAUGCUAUUCUUCUUGCUGCUAAAACAUCACCAUAAUGUGGAAUUUCUUUGAAAAUGAUCACUCCAAGUUAUUUCUCUUCACUGUCUCAGGAUCAUAACUAAACCUAUUGAAUAAUAUUCUGAACUUACAGAGUAUUCCUUGUCUUCUUGGCAGUCCAGCUUGGUGCCAAGGGAACCUGAAUUAUUCCAUGAUGUUACUUGAAGGCUGAAGGCAUUGUUUAAGUGCAAACUUUCUAACUCAUUGUUGAAUAUUUCUAUAUUGUGGUCAUUUCCAAAUAAACAUAAU